AUCCCGAACAACAUCACUAUUCUGGUAUUACACUCAUCCACCCGGCACACGCACGACAACAACAACAACCACCCAUGCCCCUCCAACCGGAUGCAGCUGCUGCUGCACACACGCAGCAGCAGCAACAAGAGUCGUCGUCGUCAUCAUCCGCCGCCAACGCCGCCGCCGCCGGGCCGGCUCUCGGGCCAAACCCGAGCUCGAGCGAUAGGUACUCGCAGCACGGGUCGUCGUUCCCUCCAGCGAGCCGCGACACAUCCCCGGGCGGCGUGAAGCGGCCCAGGUCGCCGUUCGAGGCCGACGACAUCAAGCCGAACAUUGCCCGCCGCGCGAGUGGCACCAACGGCACGACGACACCGCACGCCAACGGCGCCGGCAGUGGCAGUGCAUCGGGCACACCAGCAGCAGCAGCAACGGCGCAGGGCCCGAAGCGCGCAGCGCAGGCAUGCCUCCGCUGCCGCAAGCAAAAGCUGCGCUGCCUAGGCGGGUGGCCGUGCAAGCGGUGCGUCAAGAGCAAAAACAAGUGCGACUUUGGCGGGCCCGCCGGUGCGCCUGGUGCCGGCGCAGCCGCGCGCGGGCCGGGCGGCACCGACUCGGCGCAGCGCAUCGAGAACCUCGAGGCGAGCGUCGCGACCCUGCUCGCUGGCAUGAGCGGCGCGGCGUCGGCAGCAGCACCACCUUUCGGCCAGGGGUUCGACGACCGCGGGAGCUUUGGCGGCAGCGGCUCGGAUCGGGUGCCGCCGCAGUGGAGCGGCGGCGGCGGAGGGGGGUUCGACGGCCCCGGCUCUGCACCGGCGCCCGCGCCGCGCUUCCCGCGCGCUGAUGUGCCGCUUGCGUCGCCGACCACCGCCGCCUCGGGCCAGCACGUCCACUUUGGCAACUCGCCGUACGGGCACGGGCUGCCGCCAAACACCAGCCCCGGGGCGUACGCCUCGAGCAAUAGCGCGUUCGGCCCCAGCCCGACCGGGCAUGUCAAGAGCGAGUCGGGCGAGAGCAAGAAGAAGGACAGGAGAAGCUUGCCCCGCCACGGGCCCAAGGGCGAGGACAGACUCGCAGCCGUCGACGGCGGCUUCGAGGCCCCGUUCAAGCCGCUCGUCUACCAGCCGUCGGUGUGGGACAACCGCGAGGUUUCGCGCCGCCCCAGCCCGCACCCGAGCACGUCGGGCGUGAGCCGCGCAGGCAGCAGCGGGGACGAGCACGGCGCGCUGUAUGACCUCCCGCCGGCGUUGCGGCGCGGGCACGACGACCCGAUCAGCACCGAGAUUGUCGAUGAGCGCUUGGCAGAGCUGCUGUUUACAUUCUUUGUUCAAAACUGCCACCCGUUCAUGCCGAUUAUUGAGGUUGCCGAUGCCGACGCGUUCCAUGUCAUCCGGCAUCAGUCGCCAACGCUGCUGUCGGCGAUCCUUGCCAUCGCCGCAAGGUUCUACGUCCGGUACGAGGAGCGCUUCCCGUCGCCAAACUUGCCGUCGAUCGCACCUGGCCUGCCGGCGCGGCUGGCCUCGCUCGCCCAGUGGCACCUGGCGCAGACGCUCCUCCGGAAGCAGCAGGCGCUGUUUGACGUCCAGGCGGUGCUGCUCCUCGCAGCGUGGGGACUCGAGAGUGGCGGCCGUGGGCCCGACGCGUGGAUCGUCACGGGCCACGCGUCGAGAAUCGCCCGCAGACUCGGCAUCAACCGCGAGCUCACAAAGGCUGCAGCGGCAGCCCGCGUCGCGAGACCCCACACGGCCGAGUGGAACGAGCUCAACGCGUACGCACCAAAGUGGCGUUCCUGGCUCGGAUGGUUUACAUUUGACGGCUUCCUCUCGCUCGGGUUUGGACGCCCCCAGUCGACCCAGUUUGAGAUUGUCGACGAGCAGGGCUUCCUCCAGCUGCGUCUCAUGCAGCCGCCCCCGGUGCCGGGCACGCUUGCUGCGACGUCGCAGUACGGCGACGCGUACUUGUCCAGCCAAGUCGAGCUCACGCGCAUCGGCCGCGACUUGAUCAACUGGGGCGACUCGCUCCGCGAGCCCCGCCCCGACCAGGAGGAUGACCCGCGGGCGCGCGACCAGAGCCUCAAGAGCAUGCUCCGCGAGCUCAACGCCAGGCUCGACGACUGGUGCAAGCGCUGGAUCUGGUCCAGCUCGCACUACCUGCCCUACCUCGGCCCCUCGGCGCGCAUCUGCAGACUCCAGGCCGAGCACAUGCGCCUGUGCCUCAACUCGUUUGCUCUCAAUGCUGCGCCAGAGGAGGACAAGCACGUCGCAGACUCGCUCUACCGCGGCCUGCAGGCGGCGAUGAGCACGAUCCAGACACACCACGAGAGCUCGCAGACCGACCUCGCGCUGAGCUUUGCGACCGACUACCUGACUAUUACCCUGGCGCAGGCAGCUGUAUUCCUCAUCCGCAUCGCCAAGGCUCCCACAUCGGUCCAGAUCGCCGCCAAGGUCGACCGACCAGUGGUGACCCACUACCUCAAGAUGAGCAUUGACGUGCUCGAGGCAAGCGACCUGAGCGAGACCCGGUUGUCGACAUACCUCGCGCGGACGUUGCGCGACAUUUCGCGCGCAGCCGCCAUCCCGGGGAUUGCCCCGCUCGACGGCGACGAAGUAGACAGCGAGGCGCAGACGCGGCCGCCGAGCGCACAGGGCAACGCGCCGACACCGCAGGACGCGGCGAACGGGCUUGCGCGGGCGGGCGGCGUGCCCCUCGCUGCGCCCGGCGUCAUGCCGCCUUACGGACUUGAAAACUACCUCAUCGAUUCGAAUGUCGACCUCGGGUACCUCCUCGGCCUGCCCGGUGACCCGACGGGCAUCAUGGGCCCCGGGGGCAUGAUGCCGGCGUUUGGCAGCGAGUUUGGCACGUUCCCGCCAGGCGGGGUAGCCAUGGGGAUGUAGUGUGGUGUGGGCGUGGGCGUGCCGAGAUGCAUCUAGAGUUGGCGCGGG